AAGAAAAACAAGCUGUGCUGAUAAGUCAGCUAAAAAUAAAUGUGUAUAAAUAUUGGUUUGGAAACUUGUUAAUCUGUAGAUUGUCGAACUGAGUCGCAUCCGAAUUGCAAUGCUGCCGGAGCGCCGGGGCUUCCGUCCGUUCGAUCAGUUUUGGACGCGAUCCGAGGGAGGCUGCAGCCGCACGGAGCGCGGAAACAUGUACAUCCUGAUAUCGCUGACCCUGAUCCUGUUGCACCUGCUCCUGCUGCCCAUCUACUUGUACCUCACCUGGCACCACAAGUACUGGCGCAAGCGUGGCUUGAUCACGGCUCGACCUUUGACCCUGCUGGGCACAUAUCCCGGCCUGCUCACCCGGAAGAGCAACCUAGUCCAUGAUGUUCAGCUGAUAUACGACAAAUACAAGGGCAAACAUCGUGCUGUGGGCGUUUUUGUGACACGUCAACCGCAGAUCCUGGUUCUCGAUCCGGAGCUGGCCCACGAAGUGCUGGUCGAGAAUUUCCGCUGCUACAAGGACUCGCUGACCAGCUCGUACAUCAGACAUGCCAAGUGGGACAAGUACGCCCGCCUGAAUCCUUUUUGGGCAUCCGGCAAGUCCUGGCGGCGCCUUCGCACAGAUGCCCAGGCGGGAAUCUCGGGACAUCGCCUGAAACAGGCCUAUAACAUUUGGGAGCAGGGUGGCAAGAUGCUCACCCACUACAUGACACAGCAAAUUACAGAUCAAAAUAAUAUACUUGAGACCAGGGAUCUAUGUUUUAGGUAUACGGCCCAUGUGAUGGCUGAUUUUAUCUGGGGCAUCGAUGCCGGAACCCUUACUCGACCCAUGGAGCAGCCUAAUAAGGUGCAGCAAAUGGCCAGCAAGUGGACCAGUUAUGCCUUCUACAUGAUCUCCAUUUUCAUGGCCUCCAUUGUGGCGCCCUGUAGUCGUUUGCUAUUGCGUUUCCGCUUUUAUCCCAAAGAAACCGAUGAGUUUUUCUCAAAUUUAACCAGGGAAUCCAUUGAGGUGCGACUUAAGGGCGGUGGUGAUGCCUCUCGCACAGAUUACCUCUCACACCUGCUGCAGCUUCGUGAUCAGAAACAGGCCACCCACGACGAUUUGGUGGGUCAUGCCUUGACCGUCAUGUUGGAUGGUUACGAUACCACCGGCACAGCUCUGCUCCAUGCUCUUUAUUAUUUGGCGGAGUAUCCAGCUGUUCAACAAAAGCUGCGCAUGGAGAUCCUCUCCAGCUUGGAGUGCGACAAAACUCUGGACUUUGACAGGCUCUGCAACCUUCCAUAUUUGGAGCAAGUGGUCUAUGAGUCCCUCCGACUGAGCAGUUUGAUUCCCCAGUAUACCAAAGUCUGCACUUUUCCCACCAUUAUUCAGCUGAAUGAAUUCAAAAGACUGAAUGUUGAGGAUGGCAUGACCAUUAUGAUACCCAACUAUCAGUUCCAUCACGAUAAGCUGUAUUUUCCCGAACCCGAAGUUUUCAAACCCGAGCGUUUUGAUAAUGGCGCAUAUCAGGAAUUAAUGCGAAAGGGUAUAUUUCUUCCAUUUAGCGAUGGUCCGCGUAUUUGCAUGGGCAAACGAUUGGCUCUGCUGACUUUGAAAUCUGCUCUCGUUCACAUACUCAGCGAUUUUCAAGUGGUCAGGGGAAAGGAGCGAUUGAUACCCAGUGGAGAUGCUGGAUUCGGAGUUGUUCUUCAGGGAAAUGUCAAUCUGGAAUAUCGCCGCUUUUUAAGAUAGAUUUAUUUAUUAAUUAAUACAUUCAAGGUAUAUGAUAUUAUGAUUAACUGUUUUUUUUAAACAUUUUUAACUAAAUAAUGGUUGCCUAACAAUUUGUAAAAAUAAACAAAAAACAUUUAAAAUUUUUACAACAUUAAGUGCUUGACGAUUUUAAAAGUAGUAUUUCAAAAAAUCGCGUUUAAAAUUGUCUUUUUGGAUAUUUUUAACAACACAUUUAAUAAAGAAAAAAAAAACAUAUUUUGAAAAUUCUACAGUGCUCAUAUUAAUAGGGUGUUCAAGUUCAAGACUUUUUUUUUAUAGAAAUAUUGAUAGUUGUUAAGACGUUUUCAAAUAAUAUAUGUAGUAAGUGCAAUUAAUCACAACAACGUAAUGAAGCACUUAAAUAAUCAAAACACAGAGAGAGACAUGCUUGCUUUGCCCCAAGAACUUAACUUACCUCUCCAACAAAACCUUAUCUGGCUGAUAAUGCUAUCAAAAUCGUAUGCCCCGACUAGAUUUUAAGAACUAAUUGCAAAAUGUAGAUUAAAAUGAAGUAUAUUCUGAUUAUAAGCUUUAUUAUGCGCCAGUC